CUACUAACAUUCGCGUACAGCCCCGGUUUGUCGAUGGCCAUUUUCGUACAAUUUUCCAUCCGGCUCCGCUCCCAAACGCGCCCGAAUACCCCCAAACACCCCCAAACACCUCCGAACGACAAUGCCUCGUGGACUUAGUCAGGCCGGUAAGAGCGGAAAGGGUGGAAAGGGUGGAAAGGGCACGUCUGGAACCACUCUGGCCCCGAACGCUUCCGAUCCUGCAAAUCAAGCCCCGAACGGAAGCAAUUUGGCCUCGAAUGAGAGCGAACGCGCCUGCUCGGAGCUAUCCGACUUCCAGCCCUGGGUACCCCCCAACCAUCCUAGCUGGAAGCCCCCGGACACUCGCGUUCAGGGCCAUCGGCUCCCAAACGCGGAGCUUGAGGAUAGCCAGCCAGACGAGGCUGUUGGCGAGCAGUUGACCGCCUGGGCUCUUAAGCACGUCUCGAAGAAUGUUUCCGCCGCCGUUCGUACACUCGCCCAGAACUACUUCGAGAUCAAGCGCGUCAUGGGCGUUCGUACCCAUCCGGGCGCGGACGGUGCCACUUUCUAUACUACUCUUAACCUUAAGCGGGGCACCAAUUGUGAUGCGGCCUUCCACUAUCUGUACGGCAACUUUCGAUCUGGAACGGACGCGUGCGGCCUGUGCCAGAGGGGCUUUGGCCCGUUCGACUGCUGCGUUCAGAUCAACGGCGCCUGUGCCAACUGUCGCUAUAACUCCGCGGCCAAGCGCUGCACACUCUAUAGUACGUACGCCCCCGGCAAGAAGCGGGGACGUAAGACCACAGCCGGCCGCGGCCGUAAGCGUAGCGCCUUGGACGACGAUAAUGACAUUCUCGACGCCAUCCGUACUGUUCCCCCUAAGGGCCUCCGUAGGCUCGCGGACGUCUUCUACCAGAUCGCUGACAAUCUUGAGGAGGAGACUGAUGAUUCCGAUUCUGAUUAAGUCAAUUUCGUUGGCGUUCAGGACAGGAUACCCGCGAACGGCCCCGUUUGGCUUCGUACAGGUCGGUCGGCAUCACGUUUUCUCGAAGGUUUUGUGACCUCCCGUUUUCAUCUGUACGGGAUGCACUCGGGAUAUGUGAGCAUCUGCACAGCGCCAUUUGCUUUAUUUAGACUCCGGGGAAAACAUUUCAGAUGAGACGAACGGGCCUGGUCGGGAGAGUGAGCUCCUGAUCAUGACUGUUUUGUUCUUUCGGUGGUUAGAUAGUCCGGCUCCGUACGAGGGGACUCGCUCCCGUACGGGCUAAUAAUGGACCUUACGCUCGCUAUUUCUCUCUUUCCUUCUGCAUUUGAUUCUGUUUCAACAUUUGAUUAUUUAUCUAUCGAAAUAUCUUCU